ACUCAACAUUGUCAAUUUGUCAUCAUUCGUGAAAUCUGAUGAAUGCUGUACCUACGUAUCUUGUACGGUACUUGAAAAUUACGUCAAAAUUAAAAUAAAUGUCACAAUUUUAAAGUAAAAUGACUUACAAAAUAAAACAUUAAAAAGUGUUUGGUUUUGGAACUCCUAACAAUGGAAAGCAUAACAAGUUUUUCCGUUUCGCUUAUCAAGGGGUUCGUCGAUAGUUUGAGGGGAGUUACUGUGCUGUUAUAUCUAGAUAAAGAAAUAAACGAGCGAGCUUUGAGCCGAUCUCCACAGACCGAUGCGGAUUCUAAACAUAAACAAAAACAGCCCAAAGUUAGACAGGAAUCAAAAGUACUUACAAGAGUAUUACAAUCAUGUAUACUCAAUGGCUUCAUAUUCUUACUUAGUAUCUUAGUAUUUGAGUAUGUUCUACUCCCAGCCAUUAAAUACUUAGUUAUGGUUAUUUUUGGUCAUGAUCCUGGUGUAGCCCAUAAUGUGUGGGCAUGGAUGCAACCAUUCCUGCUAAUGACUUUCCGAAUGAUAUGGGUGCUGCCACUGUUCUUGUUAAGUAAACUUGUCAACAGUUUAUGGUUUCAAGACAUAGCUGAUUCAGCUUACCGACAUCGACGUGGCCGGCCACAAUUCAUGUCGAGUGUAAGCAAAAUAAUAGCGGACUCCCUGUUCAGUUUGCUGGUGCAAGCUUUAUUUUUAGUACAGAGCAUGUUGGUCAGCAUGCUUCCCUUAACCUACGUAGGCGAGUUGCUCUGCCUAAUUCACAUGUGUCUACUGUACUCGCUCUAUUCGUUCGAGUACAAAUGGUUCAACAUGGGCUGGGAGCUGCACAAGCGCUUGACAUUCAUCGAGUCCAACUGGCCGUAUUUCGUCGGCUUCGGACUCCCCUUAGCCGUUUUGACUCAGAUACCUCAGUCUUAUAUUAUAAGCGGGUGCGUUUUCUCGAUAUUCUUCCCGGUUUUCAUAUUGAGCGGCAACGAAGCGACGCCUGUCGUAGGAAGUGAAUAUCCCUUGAAGCUUUUCUCGCCCGUUGUGGCGAUAUCAAACGGUAUGUUCCGUUUUGUGCGCCAAGGAGCCGAAUCGGUCACGCAAAACAGGUGAUAAUUAAAUGAACUACCUAUAUAUAAAGGAGAUUGUCGUGCUACAAGACUUCGAAUUAAAUAAAUAAAAAUAAAUAAUAGUUUGAAAAAAACUAACAAAAUACGCUUUUAUAGAAAAUCCAACUAAAAAAUAGAAAAUAAAUUUUAAUAAAUUUGAAUUAAAAAUAGUGUAAGAAAAAAUGAUUUUAUUGUAAAAAAAAAGCGUGCGGUGCUUUUCAGGAUAUUAUCAAAAUACCCCUUCUACUCAUAUCUGUUCAUAAAAUAUUUAUAACUACUGAUGAUACCAUGCACCCCACGCUUUUUUUUUACAAUAAAAUCAUUUUUUCUUCAAAGCUUUGACGUAACGGAAUUUUUUUCAAAGAUUCCGUUACAUACAUACGUCUGAAGCUAAUAAAAGCGUAUUAAAAGGUAUGUAAAGCAAUUGAGGAAUUUAAAAAAAAACAUUUCAUAAGCCGAAGUCAUGAAAAAAAGGAUUAUAUUAUAUUUCUUUUUGUUUAAACAAUCACCUGUUUCUUUUCGCUCUUACUAUAUAAAUUUGAGACUGUCAGCGCCAAAGUGGCCUAAUCUUACCAUAGUAUGGAAAUAAUGAGGUUCGAAUUCACUUUUACGCUGCUUCGUAGGCAAAAACAAUCCGCGUAAAAUAAUGUUCACAAAGCCAUCUGUUAUCUAGGAGUUAAAAUAGGGCUAGGCCGGUUUUGCUAUGAAAAUUUCUAAAUUUUUAAAUAAAUUGCAAUAUAUAUAAGCACGAAUAUGAAAAAUUGUGGGCUAGGUCACUUUUGCACAGACCGCCACAUUUAUAUUUGAAUCUUUAAUGUUGCCAUAUUAUGACGUUAACGAAAAAUGAACCUGUUACAUACUUAGAAUAGCAACUAAAAGAUAUUUCGAAGCGUCAAAUGUAGUAGAAGAUAAUCACUAUAGUAUGCUAUCUAUGAAAACAAACUCAUUACCUUUUUAUUCAAUAAAAUAUUUUGAUUAGAUUAAUGCGAGAUAACUGAUUUCUUAUUUCUAAUCAUAUUUAAUUAAUAAAUUCGUUCAUUGCUUAUACCUACCUAAAGCAGGAAAAAAAUAUUUUUUGCACGAUUCAAUUUCCCAAUUGUUACGCAUAGACUUGACCACCUGAUAUAACGGCAAAUAUUUUACACGUAAAACGCCAAUAUCAGCGAUUUCUGAGUACAUUACGGUACGGACAUAUCUUUUUAUUUUCGUUGUAGAAAUAAGACUGGUGCAAGGUAACCCUAAAAAUUAUUUAUUUGUCAAAACGGUAACAGGGUUGUGCGAGUCAUUUAUGAAUUGUAAAUGAUAAGUGAAUUAAAUUUAGCAUUUAGUGAUUAGUGUCGAUAUGUCUUAUGCGGCUUGCUUGAGAUUACAUUGUAAACAAAUGUUACGCGUUAUGAUUGUCGUAUAGCCAUUGUCAUAUUUUGGAUAAAAACAAAAUCAUUAUUAUAUUUUGAAAGAAAAUCCUAGCGUCGCGUCGUAGGAAUAGAUAGGUACUUUCCGGCUGAAGACAUUAUGACAAUAUGACAUCUGCAAGUCCAACUUUCUCUUGAAACAUAGACAAAGGGAUUCGCAUUGGGUGACCAACAGUAACUGGAUGAUACCAGCGUACUGGAAUGUUCGAUAAAUUCACAUUAUAAUCUUCAUAACGAUGCUUGUGUUUUAGAAAAUAUAUAUUGUGUUAUUACUGUUAGAUUUUAAUUGUAAAAUGACAUUUGUAUUUUAUGUAUCAGGGCUUAUUGCAAUUCAUGGUGAUGAAACGUUCAUACUCAUAUGAAGUGCUAAAAUUAAUUGUUAAUUGAAUGUAAAUUUAAAUGCGGAUAAAGGAUGGAGCCAAAAUGAUAAGCUUGUCUAAUUACAUUAGUAUGUUAUGUAGGUACUAGCCAAAUAGAGCAUCACUGUAAUGUUUUAAUAUAAUAUGUAGCUUAAGUCAUUUUAUUGUCUUAUCUGAAAUUGUGAUUUUAUUUUUACAUGACAUAGGUAAUUUAUUAAAUGGUAUGACUGAAA